UAAUACGCUCGGGGUCCUGGGGAAAAAUCCCGUCAAACUUGAAAACAGAGAAACAAAGUCGUCUCUGUUUUUUGUUAUUUUUUUCAGCUUCCUGGCGAAUGAUGAUGUAUCUGACGGCGAGAUAGAAGGAGGGAAUAUCUUUAAGAAGACCCUUGUGUACACUUCCUCAACAAGAUGUCUGUAAGAAUGGAUAACAGUGUCCACGAAUGGGCAGUAGGGUUAACACGAAGACACAGAGUUUUCAGUCUCGACCAACCACUAAAACCAGAGCAUUUUACAAAUUUGACAAGGGACAAGAACUUGCAGCCUAUUCUGUCCUUCCUGAUGCGCCAUGUGUGCCCGCCUGAGGAGAGAAGGCUGAUUAAGCUGAACUUGAAGCAUUCACGUUUCAGGAAGAAACUAACAGGGGAAGAGGGAGAAAUAUUGCCCACAGAAGAAAGAUUUAAGCUCAAGGCCUCGAUUGUAGAUGCCAAUUCAGCCAUCGCUGCUGAAACCGCGGAAAUUCAACAACUUAAUCGCAGGAAGGAGGAACUGCGCCAGAGGGAGGUGGAGCUGCGUCGGAGAGCCAUGUUGAUGAAGGUGUCGCAGGAGGAGCGAGAGAAGGAGAUCCAGCACUGCAAGCUGUGGCGGUCCCAACUUUCCCUACUGCAGGAGGAUUUGCCCAGCGUAUACGAUGGCCAGGCUGGUGUGGAUAUAAACUUACAGAAACAGUUACGUGGGAACAUGUUGGACCUGGAGAAACUCCGUCGUUCCAUCAUCACAGGUCACUUUGGCACCCCAGAUCGUAUGCACAUGGAGAAGCUGCGUGUAUGGGAGCGCAUUGGCGACGCAAUGGCUACCUGGGGGCCAAGGUCCCUGAUGGUUGGCAUGACAAGUGAGGUUCAGGAGGUGACCCGAAGCCUCCAUGCACAAGUUCAAAAUGUGGAUCUGGUGAAAGAUGCACGAGAGCUCAGACUUAAGUGUGAAAAUGACGGCGCAUUCAUUGAUGAGAUGAAUCCUGGGGGCGUAAUUGAGUCUGUGCGUGAGCUCUUGGGUCAGAUGAGUGCAUCACACGUCAAGCUUUACGUCGAGGCUUACCAGGCUGAUCUGGCCGCACAGUCCCUGUCUCGAGCCCUGAAGACACUCCAUAACAACAUCUUCGCUGCUGCAAAGCGCAGUUACACCGAUGAUGGCAUCACUGCGGCUGUGGUUAAGGUGGUGAAGGAGAACGUUAGCGUGGCGGGGGAGAGAGCUGCACUGAAUGCGGCUGAGCAGCUAACUUCCUCACUGCAGGAGAGAGCCAACACUGCAUCCAGGGCCAGAGACGCACUGAGGGCCAAACACGCGCAGAUCAUCAGCUUCAAUAAGGAAGUGCAAGACGGCAUAGAGAGCAUCCAGUGUCUGGCCCUGUGUGUGGGAGAAGGCCUUCAGAUCAUCAGGGAGCGUCUGCAGGAGGUCAGAUCCACAACAGAAGAGGCCCUUGAAGGCAUGGCCUACCCCACCCCAGUCUCCACUAACUCCCUGGCUAACGAGUGCGAGGCAUUCAUUGCCGUACCUCUCAAUCAGCUCCUUACGACGACCACAGAGGAAAUGGAUGAAAACCAACACCUGAAUGGAUAUAAAAGGUUUAGCCAAAAACGGAAGGCAGAGAUGUCAACAACCCCCCUCGUGUGGUACGACCAGGCUGCAGCCCAACCAGGGUGGGAAGCCCUGCGGCAACUGUGUAACGGAAUCCUGUCCUGGGAUGGGGUGUUUGAGGCAGUGUGCGAAAAACAGGAACUGACGACCAGCCUGCAGAAGGAGAUGGAACGACUUACCUUCGCCAAGGCAGCCAUGCAGGCCACUCAGAAGAGCAGGAAGAUUCUGUCCAGUCAGGAAAUGAAAGAACUUACAGAGAAGGUAGAGAGGAGUGACAGCAAGCUAGAAAAGGACAUAACUCGGCUGACGACCAGUUGCGAGAAGCAGGUCAACAUUGGCAUGCAUCAUGUCGUCAGAGUCAACAAACUCCUGACUGAAUGGUGGGAGCAGCCAGCUAAGGAAAUUACUUUAUAGCAUGGAGCAAUUGUGCAGCUUUAAUCUUUAUAAAAGAAAAAAUAUAUAUAUAAACUAAAACUAGUGAUUAUGUAUGCAGAGGUUGCAGUGUGCUUGCUUGGAAGGAGGUUUACAUGUAUGAUUUUAAUAACUUUGAAGUAUAUGCUUAAUUUAAGUAAGUCACUGUGUUUUAUUUACCCAGUGUUUUGUGUUUGUGAUUAUUUUUGUUAUUAUUUUUUGUUUCUUUGUUUUCUAAAGUGAAGUGAGUUGUAAAUGUUUUCAUCUAAGUGAUAUUUGAAUAAGUUGACAUAAUGUUUAAGGGAUGCAUUAUAUUUCACUUUUUUCUGAUUUGUUGUUUGUUUAUUGCAUUCUUCUUUUUUAUUCCCUUUCAUAGAACAAUGUGUUUCACUCAAGUAUUCAAGCAUAAAAUAUUACAUUGUUCUGGUGUGUGUGUAGACUCGACAGAAUACAACAGAAAUUUAACUCUUUGUAUAUGACUAUAUGUACAACCCCACUGUAUUAUUAUUAUUUUUUUUUUAUUAUUAUUAUUAUUGUUGUUAGUUUGAUUUAUUUAUUUAUUCUUUUCUUUCCCAAUUCUUUGGAUUUUCUUGAUUUUUGUAAAUAUUUUUCAUAAUGCUUUCAAUACUGCAUCUGUUUUUAUUGUUGACAUUAUGUUGUUAAUGGAAUUGAAAUACUAAUUGCAGUAGAAAAAAAAAGAAGAAAAAAAUCUUACUGAAUAUGAAGGAAGAGGACAGGUAACAAGUGAGAUAGGUAUAAACAUGUUUAUAUUAUGAAAUAUUUAUUUUGAAUAGAUAUAUUUAUUUAUCGUUUACAUGGAUGAUAAUUGUUGUUGACUAUUAUAUGAAAAGAAGUGUAGAAAAUAUAUUUGAAGAUGUUAUACAAUGGCAGUAUAUAAACAAUAAAUAUUGUUGUUAUGUAUCCUCUCUGAGCAUUAAAAAAAAAAAAAAAGUCAUAUUUUGCUGAAAAAGAUAUAUACAU